CCCAACCUACUCAAUUACUGCUCACCAAACCCCUCAAUCAACCACAUUGUACCCAAACCACCCGCAAAAAUGGUCAAAGACAAAGACACCGUCAUCGGCGAAUUCAACACCCUCGUCAACAUGACCCCCAACGAACUCCGCGAAUGGCUAAAAGACACCCAAUCGCAAUCCUCCGGCUGGAGCAACGAAUCCGGAGAAACAAUUGGCCAUGAAAGUGGUCGCAAAAUCGUCUCCAUUCUCGAACACAACCCCUCCAAAGACCCAUCCAGCUACACAGACCAAGACGUCGAUCAUAUGCGUCGGGUCGUGGCGUACUGUAAGCGCCAUCUAGCGCAGGAAGGGACGGCGAAGCAGGAUACGGAUAGUAAGAGUUAUCGGUCGUUGAAGAAUUGGGGGCAUGAUGCGUUGAAGGAGUAAUUUUGCUUCUUUGAAUGAGAUGAAUAAAAGAGAGGGAGGGGUGAUUGGAAGGACUGUUGGGGGUGUAUAGGUGUAUAGGAAUGGGACUUGGUGAUUGGUUCUGGUGGAUGAGAUGUGGUCUGGGUAUAAUCGUAUAGUUAAUUACUAGCUGGAAUGAUGUUGGUCUGGAG